CAAUGUUUUUAUCCUCAUCCCUGCUCGUUUAUACCCUUCUCUCUCUAUGUCUAAUAUCACACACCUCCGGCGUGACGUCACAUUCCUCCGACCUCGGUGUGAUAUCACACCACAGAUCAUGGAAAUCCACAGAACUGGAGGAAUUUGCCGAGUACAUCCACUUCGGUCUGUGUUGGAAAUACUACCACACCGAUGACGGGAUAAACUGGCAGCUGAACUUUAACGAGAUCCUCUCCUCACCGCUUGUAGACCAGAUGACACAGCUGGUGGAGAUUGACAGGAGUAAAGUUCAGUUCCAGAACGCUACAGGUAGAAUAUUGAGACGGGGGGACGAUGUCAGGGUUAACAGGUUCUGCAGGGACCAGUCUCAGUCGGGUAGUGUUGUGUUGCUCGUGCUCUUCACUCCGGAGGAUAGGAAUGAUUACGGAGAGCUCCUUUUCUUUGAUGAUGUCAUGAGUGAUGUCACAAAAACUUUAAGACCGAGUGAUUUUUCUGUGAUCAAGUUCUCGUGUAGACAGCCUUAUCAGUGGCAAUACCCUGCUAUACAAACUCAGAAAGGGCUUGUUUUUAUACAGUUUCUGUUUAUCGAGGAAGGUUGGCUGGACAAUGAAACACAACUAGAUAACACCCAGAAACCGUUCCCUACUAACAGUGGACCUUACACGAAACUAGGGGAAAACGAUCUGACCGUGAAAGUAACAUCCUCUUUCAAUCUAACAGCAGAUAAACCUGUUUACAUCCUAGAUAACCUGUUUGAGGAGCGUGAUUUGUCAGAAUUGGCAGAGCACUUCCUCCUCUCCCGGUAUAUCUACCAGGAGCAUGACGACUCAGGGUACACUGACAACGUGGUGUUUAUAACCCCUCUGCCGCCCUUUCAACUGGUGAGGACUAGAGUCUGGGCGGUGUUGGAGAGAGUGCUGGUUCAGCUAACAGGAAGGGAGGGGUGGUAUCCGUACGAUGUGUCUAACAAUCUGAACGAGCCGUGGGACCAUACUCGGAUACACCCUGACUGUUUCGAGAGGGAUGAGUACACCUUGCUUGUCUACUUAAACAAGGAGUAUCAGCCUGGUGAUCUAGGAGGGACUGUCUGGUAUGAUACUGAGAACGGAGAGAAUAUUCUGGGUUCUGUGAUGAACAAGUUCGGGAGGUUAGCAGUGUUUCAGUGUUCGAUCCCUCAUUCUGCUCGACCCCCGCACGCGUACAAACCUGGACCCAGGCUCACGUUUGCUGUUAAAGUAGCAGAGGGGCGAGGUAAUGCCGUUGUGAGGAGUAUGAGUGAAACUACAGUCAACAAGGAUGGAGAUGAGGAGAAAUCAGAGGAGGAUUUAGAGAAUGAACUGUGGGAGGAGUUGCAGGAUGAAUUGGGUGGGGAUGUAGAUAAGUUGGAAGCUCAGUUUGAGGAGAUGGUAUCUCAGUGGAUUCAUGAACAGGGGGAAUUAUUUGAUAAUAUUCUUAAGUCUGCUGGAUCUCCGCACGAUGAUCGUCAAGUUGUCAGAGAUGAACUCUAAAUUUGACUGCAUAAUUUUAAUGUGUUUAGAAUUGAAAUUUUUGAUUUGAGAAUUGGAAUUUUAGUCACCAUAUCUAAAGGUUUUAUC